AAUCGAAGUUCUCCAACCCCGAGGAUUUACUAAUUGGGAACAUAGGCGUAGCGGAUCUUCGAUUUGACACGAUCGACGUCACUGUUCAUAAGCUCCAUUAGGGACGCACUCUUUCUCCCUUCCCCAUAACACCACGAUGCCAACCGCACCUCUUGAUCCUCAAACGGUGCUCAAAGUCGACGGAUAUCUCGAGCCGAACGUCAACUCCAUUGUCCAUCGACACGACGUCUUCAGGAAGUGGAAAGAUACUAUCGAGGAGUGCGAGGGCGGAUAUGAUGCCUUCACCAAGGGAUAUCUUAAGUUCGGGCUCAACGUGGGGCCCAAAAACGAGGUCGUGUAUCGCGAGUGGGCGCCCAACGCUGUCGAGGCGUGCCUCAUCGGAGAUUUCAACGACUGGAAUAGAGUCUCCCACCCCAUGAAAAAAGACCAGUUUGGUGUGUGGGAGAUCACCGUUCCACCCACAGGUGGUGGAGCUUGUGCUAUCCCUCACGACUCCAAGGUCAAGAUUUCCAUGAUUAUUCCAUCCGGCCAGCGCAUAGAGCGUCUGCCAGCCUGGAUCAGGCGCGUUACGCAGGAUUUGAACGUCUCCCCCAUCUACGACGCGCGUUUCUGGAACCCGCCUGCCUCCGAACAGUACGCUUUCAAGAACGCGCGUCCCGCCAAGGCGAAGGAUCUGCGUAUCUACGAAGCGCAUGUGGGCAUCUCGACCCCCGAAGGCCGGGUUGGAACCUUCACGGAGUUCACGAAGAAUGUUCUUCCCCGCAUCAAGAAUCUGGGGUACAACGUGAUCCAGCUCAUGGCAAUCAUGGAACAUCCGUACUAUGCUUCUUUCGGAUACCAAGUGACUAGCUUCUUCGCCGCAAGCUCUCGUUAUGGCACACCCGAGGAGCUCAAGGAGCUCAUCGACACCGCGCACGGCAUGGGGCUCACGGUGUUGCUGGACAUCGUCCACUCGCAUGCGUGCAAAAACGUCCUUGAUGGGCUGAAUGAAUUCGACGGCACCGAUCACCUGUAUUUCCACGGAGGCGCAAAAGGUCGACACGAGCUCUGGGACAGCCGGCUCUUCAACUACGGGUCACACGAAGUGCUUCGGUUCCUGAUGAGCAACCUUCGAUUCUACAUGGAGGAGUACAAGUUCGACGGUUUCCGCUUCGACGGCGUGACGAGUAUGAUGUAUGUCCACCACGGCAUCGGCACAGGCUUUUCUGGAGGUUAUCACGAGUACUUUGGAGACGGGCAGGAUAUCGAGGGUGUCGUGUACCUCAUGCUGGCCAACGAUGCUGUUCACUCGCUCUAUCCCAACGCCAUCACAAUCGCCGAGGACGUGUCCGGUAUGCCACUUCUGGGAAUGGACGUGUCUAAAGGCGGUGUCGGUUUUGACUUCCGGCUGUCGAUGGCGAUACCGGACAUGUGGAUCAAACUGCUCAAGCACAAGCAGGAUGACAAGUGGGACAUUGGGAACAUUGUGCACACGCUGACCAACCGGCGAUACGGCGAGAUGAGCAUCGCGUACUGCGAGAGCCACGACCAAGCGUUGGUUGGCGAUAAGACUCUGGCAUUUUGGCUGAUGGACAAGGAGAUGUACACGAACAUGUCUGACCUCAGUGAACUCACUCCCAUCAUCGCCCGUGGUCUCGCCCUCCAUAAAAUGAUCAGACUUCUGACGCAAUCUCUUGGCGGUGAGGGCUACCUUAACUUUGAAGGCAACGAGUUUGGUCACCCAGAGUGGCUCGACUUCCCUCGCGCAGGGAACGACAACUCGUUCCAUUACGCGCGUCGACAAUGGAACAUCGUGGACGACCCGAUACUUCGGUACCGUUAUCUGAACGAAUUCGACGCGGCGAUGAACCACAUGGCGGGGCACUACGGGUGGCUGGAAGCGCAACCCGCAUAUGUUUCUUUGAAGCACGAGGGAGACAAGGUGAUCGUGUAUGAGCGUGCUGGGCUCCUGUUCGUGUUCAACUUCCAUCCCACAUCGAGUUUCUCGGAUUACCGUGUCGGAGUCGGAGCCCCGGGGAAGUACAGUGUCGUGUUGACCAGCGACGAGAAGCGCUUCGGGGGCUUCGAGAAUGCACAACUCGGAGGGCAGUAUCUCACCACGGAUAUGGAGUGGAAUGGGCGCAGCAACUUUUUGCAAGUCUAUAUCCCCGCCCGAACUUGCAUUGUGCUCGCUCUCACAAAAUAGACUGGCUGGCUCAAGAUGUACAUACCGAAUUGUAUUUGUCCUCAGAGAUUGUACGCAUAGAACGGCAAGGAACUGCAUCAUGUCAUUCUCGAUUAUCACCUG